GAAGAAAUGAUUGAAAUAUGCACAAUCGUAAAAUUUGGCGCUUCUGUUGCCUAAUUCUGUUGAUAAAGAUUAUCUGGCUGCAGUCGCACACGCAAGAGAUAAGCUAAGUCGGCUAAUAAAUAGUGCUGUCAAGUACCAAGCGUGGCAAUGGGUCUAGACUGCUUUAGUUCGAAGGAUGACAAAAGGGCAGGAGCGAGGAAGACCAGCCGAGACCUGGACAAACGGCUGACCACCUGGUCCAAACCUUUCCAAAGGGCGAUCAAAAUCCUGCUCUUGGGUGCAGGCGAUGCAGGCAAAACGACAAUAAUCAAGCAAAUGAAGAUAUUGCACAUAUCAGGAUUCUCUGACAAGGAGCGUCAGGAACAGGCUGACGUGGUCAGAAAAAAUGUGCACGAAGCAAUGUGUUGCCUGUGCAAAAAAUUGCACGCGGAAGAACUCGGGAAAAAUGGUAAAAAGUUCCAGGAGGCGGUUGAUUAUGUUGUUGAAGCCGACCAUCCAUUUACCGAGGAGUACUACCAAGCGGUUUCUCUCCUCUGGGAAAACGAAAUUAUAAAAGACUGCUUUAAAAGAACCAACGAGUUUCAAAUUUUUGACUCAGCUAAAUACUUCCUAGAUAAGUUUGAGACCAUUAGGAGACAUGAUUAUAUUCCAAGUGACCAGGAUAUUUUAUACUGUCGAAAGAAAACUACAGGAAUUCAGAAAGUUGAAUUCACUGUGAAAAUACCCAAAAAGUAUGGUGGUGGCUCUCAGGAUUUCUGGAUGUUUGACGUAGGAGGACAGAGAGGAGAGCGUCGCAAAUGGAUACAGGUUUUUGAUGGCAUCCAUGCAGUACUCUUCUUAGUGGCGACGUCAAGUUUUGACCAGAUUUGGAGGGAGGAAAGUUCCACCAACAGACUGCAUGAGGCGCUAACUCUGUUUAAAGAUGUUUGGGAUAGCAGAUAUCUUCGAGACUCUGGUGUAAUUUUAUUCCUGAACAAACAAGAUGUACUGGAACACAAAUUAAAAAGCGGCCAAAGAAUUGAAAAAUUCUUUCCAGGAUUCCUACCAUAUGAUGACAAGGUGGAGAGCUUGGGAAAUUACAUCGAUCGAGCGAGAGCUUUUAUCAGGGAUUUGUUUUUGGAGGCAACAAUAGAAAAGAGGCAUUCUACUUUGGACCGAAUGCUAUCAGUUGGGCCAAGUGUUAUUUUCACUCCUCAGAAUACAAGGGAUGAACCUAGGGAGUGCUAUUGGCAUUAUACCACUGCUGUUGACACUAGCAAUAUCAAGAGCGUUUUCAAUGACGUUCAUUCAAUGGUUAUAUUGUGGAAUUUGAAACAGCUCGGCCUACAAUAAGCGCACUCUCACCUAAUGGAAGAAGUUUGAGAGUUUCUGUCUCACAGUGAUAUAAUAAAGAUGAAUUACUUAGA